AUGAAUAGUAGUCAGUGGCCCAAGACGGAAGGAACAAAAAGAGUAGAAAGAACAUCUUUAUCCUCCGGCGCUCAGUCCACCGCCCAUCUCAGAUCGGGCGACGCAACCCGCCCCGGCACCGCGAAUUUGGCCUUACCGAGACAGAACAUGGCUAAUUAUUAUGAUAUCGAUGAUAUAUUGGCUGAGGAAGAGCUUGUCCCAUCGGUGUUCCAACAUAAUGCAAAUGGUGUGGGGCUUUUUGAUUCAAGUGAUGAUACUGAUAAGGUAAAAUCUGGUUCCAGGAUAGAAUUGCCCUUCUGGUUGGUCCGUGAGUUGUAUCUGAGGCAGCUUAUAUCGAUAAGGGUCCCCUCUUGUUUUGACAGAGAAUCUAAAACACGAGAAGAAAUAGCGGCUGAUGCUGCACAUGUGGAUCUAAGAACUCGAUGCCCCUAUUUUUAUGAAUUAGGAUGUAAACUAGGACCACUAAUUGGUGACAAAACCAUCGGGCCUUUCCUUCUUGUGGCGUUUCGGAUAAGAUACAGGGAGGUCCUAGUUAAAGCACAUACUCUCACAAUGGCAGUGGCCCCAAAAUACUUGACACUUCUGACUAAUGAGGAAACAAAAUUGUACGAAGCUGGUCAAUGCUCGAUAGCCGCGUUUAAGAAGUGGCGUACGGGAGGGCCAAGGUUCCAAAUAGCUCCUGUUCUUGGAAGGAAGAGGAAGCCAACUUAA